AUGCGUCGAGUAGUCGCCCUCGCUUUCCGAACCGCGCGUCGGUAUCCGCUACGAAGGCCAUGUUUUAAAGUCAGCCUCCCUCACGUCUCCCGCGGCCAUGACUUAGGUCUCCAGGGUCUUGCAACAUCCAGAACCACAGUACCGCGUCCUACCGUCCUCCUUCAGUCCUCCAUGAUCUUCAGAAACCUCUCUCUAGCCUUUGCUUCCAGUCUUGUGGCUACGGGAGCGUGGUAUGCCUACACCGGAAGUUCUGCUGAAUCCAGCGCCGUUUCCGGGGUCAGCUCACCUUUGUCGAGCUCCAUCCAUACAGCAUCGGGGGUACUUCCUACUGCAUCGAAUGCACAAAUAACUUCGGGACCAGCACAAGGGGUUCAGGUGGAGAGUGACCAGUUUUAUACCACUGCGAGUGUUGAUCAGCCAGUCUCCAAACGGACAGAUAACUCAGGGGAGAGGGUUGUGGGGAUGCUAUCGCCCGAGCAAGCCACAGAAAAGCUUCGUCGAAAUGAGGAGUCGUACUUUGUUGGUCGAGGGUCUGGUGUUGUUCGCUACGAUGUAGUUCAGCUUCCCAGCAACGAUCCCAUCGAAGACGACCAUGCUGAAAAGGUAGUGGAGGUACCAAGCUCUGUAGCUGCAACAGAGAACGGUGCCCCGACAAGCGACUGGAAUUUCUGGGGCGUGUUUGAUGGCCAUUCCGGGUGGACAACUUCUGCAAAACUGAGACAGACCCUAAUCUCAUAUGUUGCCCGCGAACUUAAUGCUACUUAUAAAUCAGCAGCUACGAACCCAACUUUCCCAUUCCCUAGCCCCGAAGCGAUUGAUGCAGCUAUCAAGACGGGAUUCCUACGCCUUGACCACGAAAUAGUGAUUGAAAGCGUAGAAAAGGUUGUUAAGGCCAAUUCGAAGACCGUUGCCGCAGAGCUCCUUGCUCCAGCUCUCUCAGGUUCUUGUGCUCUUCUUGCUUUUUAUGAUAGCAGGUCAAAGCUGGUGCGUGUUGCCUGUACUGGUGACUCGCGAGCAGUCCUCGGACGCAAAUCACCAAAUGGCAAAUGGUCUGCUAUCCCGCUCUCAGAAGACCAAACUGGAGGCACGGAGUCUGAAGCCAAACGAUUACGCGCUGAACACCCCGGAGAAGAUAACGUUGUCCGUAACGGAAGAAUCCUUGGUGGCCUUGAACCAAGUCGUGCCUUUGGCGAUGCUGCGUAUAAGUGGCAGCGAAAAACACAGGACAAGAUUAAACGCCACUUUUUUGGACGCACGCCUAGCCAGCUCUUGAAAUCCCCCCCUUAUGUCACCGCAGAGCCCAUCAUCACCACCACUAAAGUCGACCCCACCAAAGGCGACUUCCUCGUACUUGCCACGGAUGGCUUGUGGGAAAUGCUUAGUAACGAAGAGGUUGUUGGACUCGUUGGCCAGUGGAUUGAGCAUCAAAAGUCUGGCGGGAAGGAGGGUAUGGGCGGCUGGAUGAAGAGCUGGUUCAGCACUAAUGGAACCUUGCCCGUCGAGAUGGAGCCUAAGGAAAAACAGUCUGGCCAACGGUUGCCCAUCCGCCAGCUACAAUACGAUAUUCCUCAGGACACCAACCGAUUUGUUGUAGAAGACAAGAAUGCUGCAACCCAUCUGAUCCGAAAUGCGUUAGGGGGCAAGAACCAAGAACUGGUUUGCGCUCUUCUAACACUUCCCAGCCCAUACGCAAGGAGAUACCGUGACGACCUAACGGUCGAGGUUAUCUUUUUCGGUGAAGGCGAAAAUAACGGCGCAAUCAGCGUAAACAAGGACGCCAGCGCUUCGAUACAGGAUAUUCAACCCAAACUAUAA